AUGUCGAAAGGAAAGGGAGGAGUCGACCAGCUCGUGAAGCUCAUCGUCGGAGCUGGACAGGCGUCGCCCAGUCCCCCAAUUGGUCCCGCGCUUGGAAGUAGGGGUGUUAAGUCGAUGGAUUUCUGCAAGGAGUUCAACGCGAGGACAGCACACAUCACCACCGGCACGCCGAUGCCCUGCCGCGUAACCGUACGGCCUGACCGAUCCUUCACCUUCGACAUACGGACGCCACAGACGUCGUGGCUUCUCCUCAACGCCGCCAACGUGCCCGAGAUUAACGGAAGGAGGAAGGGAGCGAGCAAUCCGGGCAAGGAGACGGUGGGGACGAUCAGCCUCAAGCACGUUUACGAGAUUGCCAAGAUUAAGCAGACGGAGCUGAGGUUGUCGGGGCUUUCUACGGAGGGAAUGUGCAAGUCGAUUAUAUGGCAGGCGAAGUCCAUUGGUAUCGAGGUGAUUCCGUGA